AUGCCCCUCAACAUCCGCACCACCAUCGAAAUCGCCGCUCCUCCCUCCGAGGUCCGCGAAAAGUUCCUCGACUUCCCCUCCAUGCCUCUCUGGUCCAAACAAGGCCCCGUCAAAUCCGUCUCCCCUCCCAAUCCAACAAUCUCUCCCGGCGACAAACUCGCCUGCGAACUCAACUCGGGAACGAAAUUCACCGCCGUCGCAGUCGAAAACACCCCAACAAUCCUCUCCUGGCGCGGCGGUCUCCCCCUCGGAGCCCUCGUCGGACUGCACUACUUCAAAUUCGAAGAAAGCAGCAUCACACCGGGCCACACGACAUUCGUCCACGGAGAAGAUUUCUCCGGACCGUUGGUGUGGUUGGGAUCGUUUUAUCCGGGAAUUCAGGCGAAGGCCGAGAAGCAGUAUGCUGUGACAGGGGAGGAGUUGAAGAAAUGGGUGGAGGAGGGGAGUAAGGCUGGGGAGGCGCCGAAGUUGUGA